AGGGGUGGGGCUGUGACGGACGGGCGUUCUUCUUUUGCUGGCGGCCAAGGGGAGACAACCUGCAGGGGGAUCCUCACAUGGCGGGGAAACCGCGGGCGUUCCCUUGGGUUGCGGGUCUCCGGCUCCCCUGCCCCCUUUCCUUCCGUUGACAGCCCUGGUCCAGCUUUUCUCUUCCCGGCGACCCGCUCUCCGCUUUGAGGGGGACUGAAUGGAAGUGGACCCUUGACCUUUAGUAAGGAGAGGAGUGGAUGCAAAAAAGGACAGGAUUUCUGAAGGAGAGGGAAUUCCAGCAAGUACAGCUUACCAUGCAAGGAGAAAAAAAAUAUUAGAAAAGGCAGGGAAACAGAAGGAAAGUGCUCUAGAUGCCAUGGAGUCCCAGAAUUCAGGAACAGCCAAACGUCUGGCCACAUUAAUCUCAGGCCUGGUGGAGUGCAUGUGCUUUGCAGGCGUCAUUUUCGGGUGGACAUCACUGGUCUACGUCCUCAAAGAUUUGAACUACUUUGGGAAUCUUUGUGAGUCAGCUGCCAAUACAACCAUCAAUCAAACAAGUCAAGGCUGUACUGCUCAGGAGGAACAGUUCUCCCUCAUCUUCACCAUUGGCUCCUUCAUGAACAAUUUCAUGACCUUCCCUACUGGCUACAUCUUUGACCACUUUGGCACCGCAGCAGCCCGCCUGCUUGCCAUAUCCUCCUAUACCCUUGGUACUCUCCUCAUUGCAUUUUCUUCAGCAGCCACUGCAGUAAUGCUGUACCCAGCAUUGUCAUUUAUCUCUAUUGGUGGAAUCCUCCUCAUUCUCACAAACAUGCAGGUUGGGAAUCUGUUUGGAAAACAUCGGUCCACCAUCAUUACCCUCUACAAUGGAGCCUUUGAUUCUUCUUCAGCUGUAUUUCUCAUCAUCAAGCUCCUGUAUGAGCAAGGCCUCUCCCUGGGAGCCAUGUUCUUCUUCAUGUCUGCCUGUAGCGCCUGGCACUUAGUUCGCACCUUUUUCCUGAUGCCCCGAUACCAUAUUCCUUAUCCACUGCCCCCUGGCUAUACAUAUGGAUUGAGCUGUCCUGGGAUUUCCCAUUCAUACCGCACAUAUGAGGAACAACACUGCCCCAAGAUCACAGAUGUGGAUGAAGCACAAGACUCAGAUAAUGUACAUCCUGAGUCAGCACUCAAAGGAGAACAAGCUACCAUCAAAGAGACAGUUGACAAAGGUGAUGCUGGGACUGGAUCAGGCUCCAAGCAACCACCUGUUAAAUCCUUCUGGAGAUGCGUUUUCUCCAUGUUAUUCUUCUGGCACUUGAUAUGGCUGUCAGUGAUGCAGCUGCGCCAUUACCUCUUCAUUGGCACGCUCAACCCCAUGCUGACAAAACUGGCAAAUAAAGACACCAGCCUUGUGAGCAGCUACACCAAUGCAUUUGCCUUGACUCAGCUCUGUGGAAUCCUCUGCGCCCCUUGGAAUGGGCUUAUUCUUGACCGGCACAAACGUAGGCAAAAAAAGGGAGGAAGUCAUUCAGGGAGACCAGAUUCCCUUGCUGACCUCCGUUCCUGCGUGCUGUCCCUGGUCAUCACAGUGUUGCAGUGCCUGGCCUUCUCCAUCUGCGCUUCCAUUCCUGUGCUGCCGGUGCAGUAUGCCACAUUUAUCCUGCAAGUUCUGAGCCGUUCCUUCCUCUAUGGAGGCAAUGCUGCCUUCUUGGCUAUUGCCUUUCCCCUGGAACACUUUGGGAAACUCUAUGGUCUGGUGUUGGGACUGUCAGCUGUGGUGUCCCUUCUACAGUAUCCCUGUUUUAUACUCAUCAGGGGCCCACUAAAGGGGGAUUCCUUUUAUGUUGAUAUUGCCUUCAUAGUUUUAAUACUUCUGGCUUUCGUCAAUCCUUUCAUAGUGUGGCGGGAGUGUAAGGAGCGACAGAAGGAGCAGACUGAAAGAGCCUUGGCUGCAGGGAAGUCAGGCCUAGAGUCUUCCAUCUGAGUCCAUCACUUGGGACUGCGUUUAGACUUUGGGAACCUUACCUAACAAAAGGGGCCCUUACAAAGGCCUGUGUAAGAAUAAGCGCCGUCUCUCUCACAGCAACAAAAUAGGCCACAGUCCCACAUGAUCAGGUGUUCUUACAUCCUUCAAGCCAAAUGGGAUUAACUGUGCCUAAAUUUGGGUUAGGUUACUAAUCCCAUGUUUCAAAAUCAGAUUUAAACACACACACUCUCUCUCUGCAGCAUUUUAUAGGAAUUAAAACCAUAUUAUGCUUUUCUAACAUGGGGGGGAUUUAGAAUAUAUUUUACUGUUAUGUAUUUUGUUCUUUUACAGAGAUCUAUUUUUGUGGAUUAUAUAAAAUGUUAGUACAGAA